GACACGUCCACAGUGAGCGACCGGAGGCAGAAUGGCCGCCAUGCGAGCAGCCAAGCAGGCUUUAAGGAGGGAAAUCAAGCGGAGGGUUUCAGCGCUGAGUGUGGAGGAGAAGCGGCGCCAGUCUGUGUUGGUGUCCCAGAAGCUGUUCAGACAUCCCAAGUAUGUGUCCUGUAAGCGGAUUGCAGUGUUUCUCAGCAUGGACGAUGAAGUGCGCACUGAGGAAAUCAUCAAAGAUGUGUUUAAAUGUGGCAAAAGCUGCUUCAUUCCCAGAUACGAGAGCAGCAGCAGCCACAUGGACAUGUUGAGGCUCAACAGUCUGCAGGACAUGGAGACGCUGCCUCUGACAUCCUGGAACAUACAGCAGCCAGCUCAAGAUGACACCAGCCGAGAGGAAGCGUUGGCUUCAGGAGGGCUGGACCUGAUCUUGAUGCCAGGCCUGGGGUUUGACCGGGUGGGGAAGCGUCUGGGACGAGGGAAGGGCUUCUAUGACACCUACUUAGAGCGCUGCAUCAGACACCCGAAAGGAAAACCCUACACCAUCGCCUUGGCCUUCAAAGAGCAGCUGUGUCAGGAAAUUCCUGUCGAUGACAAUGAUGUGCUCAUAGAUGAAAUCCUCUAUGAGGAUGAUGAGUAGCUAAUCAGGCACUUGCGCUUGUCGACGGACUCAAAAGUGGCGACAUUUACAUACAAGUGGUUUAACUGGGACUUUCCACUGAACACCAGCAGACUCUUCAACACUGCUCACUGAUUCUUGAGAGUUUGGAUAAAACAGGUCUCAAUUCUGAAAAGAUAAAAAGUUGAUGUAUUGAGAAAUCUAGUUAAAUGUUGAUGGAACAAGGUCUCUGCAAUCAUGCUGCUAUUUCAGGGCAGAAUUUGUACUUUUUGGAUUAAAUUGACUCUGUUUUUAAAUUGACUCAUUUGUGACAAACCACAACAUAAGAAUAAAUAAUGUUGAAAACUCACA